UGCCGAUGCCCGUGAUGCCGCCCGUGUCGCCCGUAUCAAAAACCGCUACUGGCUGAUGUGGUGCUUUCGCUCCUCUGUCGCUCCAAAGCCCCAGUCAAGGUCUCGCCCCGGAAGUGGUAUUGAUGUUGGCGGAACAGAAGCUAAGCCAACAGGCUAACGGAGCAAACAUCGGAAGAUGAGAGCGUAAAAGAUGGCUGUGGGUUUCAGCCUGACGACGAUGGCGAUGCGGCGUAUCGCUGAGGAAGAUGUCUGUCUUCUGGAGGUCAAAUGUUUGAGGACAAACAGAGGGAUGGACAGGCAGCUGCAGACAGGACAUCCCACUGACACACAAGAAGAGGAUGCCACACCUGUCUCAGGUGGGCGGAUGAUGGGAGAGAGAGCGGUCACCGUCGAGACUAGCGAUGAUGAACUGGGACGACUGGAUAUUGACCUGGACAGGAAGUCCAAACAGCUGAACCUGACAUCCAGCGACGUGCGCGCCAUCCUGCACGAGGUGAUCACUGAUGAGCGUGUGGUUGCCAUGAUGAAAGCGGCAAUCAGAGACACUCAGGACCUCCCCAUGUUUGAGCCAAAGAUCUGGACUCGGUCCAGACUCAAACAGAGCCUUCAGCCUGUGAACCGGGGUCUGUCUGCAGUGAACAAGGCCCCUCAGUUUAUUGACAUUGAACUUGAGGAUAAUGAAGACUCAUCUGAUGAAGAGUAUUGUCCUGAUGAAGAAGAGGAGGAAGAUACAGCUGAGGAGACAUUCCUCAGUGAUGCUGACAGCUUGGCUUCACCUCCCAGAAUGCACCUGGGCUCCCAGAACAAGUCUCCAACACACCUGAGGAUGGACAGCUCCCUGCAGAGAUAUGAAGGAAACCCGCACGACGAGAUGAGUUCCACCUGCGCGCCUCAGCUCCUCCCUCCUCCUGAAUCGUCCUUCCUGGAGAGACUCAAGGCUGUUGAUGAGGAGUUGGACUGCAGCCCCUCCUACACCUACAGUCAGUCUCUGGACAGGAAAUCUGAUGUUGAUGGUGGCGUUGAUAAUGGCUCCCGCAGUUUGGCGUACCGCACACGCUCCAAGCAUCCUCUGGUAGACGUACCUCUGGGUCAGCUGGAGGCGGAGCUUCUGCCUCCUGACAUAACGGCCGACAUGUACGAUGAAAGCACUGCCCAGCGGGAGGAGGACCGCCAUUGGGCAAAGUGGCUGCAGGGCCUAAUGGCCCCCGACUUUGAAGAAGAGGCCGAAGAUGACGACGACCCCGAGUACAACUUCCCAGAGGACCUGGAUGAACCCGACCUGGAGGACUACAGGACGGACCGGGCUGUGCAGAUCACCAAGAAGGAAGUAAAUGAGCUGCUAGAAGAACUCUUUGAAACUCUCCAGGAAGAAGAAGAGGUGGUGGCUGAGGAGGAGGAGCAUGAGGAAGAGGAGCCCCCGUCACAGACUGGCCCUAAGUUCAACGUGCCACAGGCUUUACGGUACUGAUAGUUGCAUCCCAGUGCAUGAUGCUCAGCUUAGAAACAUACAAACACAUGUUAAAAAACACAGUUUUUAAAAAAAAUUUAAAAUAUCACCACAAUCGCAUCACCCAUGGAAACAUCUGGAGCUUCAUGAAACCACAGAGAGAAGCAGCUGGAGUCUGAUGUUUAGAACAUCUGGCAGCAGCUGCUCUCUCCGGGGCGAUUCGUGGCUCAAGAGUUGGAGUUCGUCUUGUAAUCGGAAGGUUGCCGGUUCGAGCCCUGGCUUGGACAGUCUCG